UCACUUUCAGAGUCGCCUCUUUCUUCUUCAACUUUUCACCGGCUUUUGAGCAUAUAAAAGCGAGAAAAUUUAAUGCUACAGCACCACAUUAGUCUCAAUCUUCAACCAUGAACACCAAAAGUCUGUUAAUUUGUAUCGCUCUCCUUGUGACUUUCAGUUUAGCCACUGCUCAGAGGAAUGAGAAUAUGUUCUCACCUGCGGGAUGUCCACCAAAUUCCCGCCCUGUCGAGAAUGCCCCAAAGAAUCAGGCAUCCUGUGGUGAUACCCAGCAAGCCCAGGAAGAGAACCAAGUAGAAGCCGAAGGAGACCAAGGAGACCAAGAUCCUUGUGAAGGAGAAGAAUGUGUCCAAUGUGUCUGUUUCGAAGGAUACCUCUGGAAUGGGGACAGAACAAGGUGCGUGGAGCCUUCAGAAUGCGAAUGAAGAACAACACACAGAGUCAAGGAUUCAGGAAGACUGAUAACAUCAAACUGUGAAACACUAAAUUUCAGAAAAUUGUUUCCUCUGCUAAUUUAUUAAAUAGAAUAUUUGGCGACAAAAUAAACAUUUAUCUUCAAAAACAACAGAAAA